UUGUUUAUCCUACUUCUUGGUCAAUAGGAAGUUCCAAACACACAGGAUUGAGUGCGCCCUACGCGCGCUCCCCAGCCCAGGUCUCAACAGUACUAGACACUUCAAGAUGCCGAUCAAAAUUACAUUUGAAUUUCAACACAUUCAACGUGAGCGCUUCAGAAGACUAAUAUCCUGUAAUGUAGAGAAUGAGUAAAAUGAUUGGCAGUUGUAAUGUCAGUGCUAAUGAUGCGGGUGUGUUCAGAUGUGUCCUACUCUAAUCCACUUUGUGACACAGAUCUAUGUACAGAGUCUAGUCUGGAGACUGCGACGGCAGUUUAAUCUGCAACUCGAUUGCCGAUGCAACCUCCUGGUAAAGGCGCGUGUGACUGGCUAGCUGGGUCUCGAGACGCCGGAGACUCCAAACCAGUCCUGUGUUCUCAGCAGCGCUACAGCAGCGGAAAACAGCAGUCAGAAACAAGAGUGGUGCGUGACGCGCAGUACAGAUACAGCAAUAAGGAAUCGGUCUACAUUCAAUUCAAUGCAUAAAAUCAAUCAAGGAUCUAUACAGGAGAUAUCUUCUCCAAUGCUGUGAUUUUUUUUGACUGGCUGUCUAUUACCGGCGCAGAGCUAUUCAUUGUCAGCGCAAAUCCCGUUUCCCUCACUUGUGACGGCGGAAAGGUGGCUGUCUAUGCACUGAGUUGAGUCUCGGAGAUAUCAGCAGCGGCUGCGUGCCUUUGAGCGGAGCGGAGGAGUUGCACUACAGGGCUGCCCCGGACCGGCCCCAGCGUAAGGUUGCAAACUUAAAAGCUAUUGAUUGACGAGUAAAAUAAUUGGAAAUUGACUAUCUCUCUCAUCACCUGUGUGAGACCUGUCCUUUCCUGUGGUGAUUUUGAUGUUUACCGAUUUGGGAAAGAAGUCCGCAGCAUUUGAUAGUGAGAAAGAGAGAGGGGUUACUGCCAGCCUGCCGACAGCAGCUUCGCUUCGAUAUCGGAUACAUAUGGGGUUGUGAGUGAGUCUACGUGACACAGGAGUUGAAACGGGAGUUGUUGGUGCUGGUGCCUGGGCUUUUUACUUCUUCCUUUGCUAGCUCCGAUGACUUGUGUGGAGGAAAUGGCAACGCCAGCGUUUGAGAGAGGAACUCAACUGGAAGAGGAGAGAGGAAACCGGAGCUGAAUGACAGGAUGCAGCAGACAACCUGAGACAUAUCCAGACACAUUUCAACUGCCUCAGUCAAGACACUUCUGCUGGUUUUCCUUCAGCCCCAAGCUUGAAAAUAAGGAAGACUAACACGGCCUGAAAACCUCAGGAGGAGUUUUAUUUAGGUUCGUUUUUUGUUUUUCCUAUUAAUAUUUUUAUAACAAAACAAGGAUGCAUUGUGGAUUAGUGCUGUUCCUCUUAAUGGAAAUCUUCUUCGUUGCUAAAGCUUUCAAAAAUGACAAGUGUGGGGACAACAUCAGAAUAACAAAUGCGAAUUACCUCACUUCACCUGGCUAUCCGGCAUCAUAUUUGCCAUCUCAGAAAUGCGUUUGGGUGAUUACAGCGCCUGGACCUCACCAGAGAAUUCUAAUCAACUUUAACCCGCAUUUUGAUCUCGAGGACAGAGAGUGCAAGUAUGACUAUGUGGAGGUACGUGACGGCGUGGACGAGAGUGGGCAGCUGGUGGGGAAGUACUGUGGGAAGAUCGCCCCGUCACCCGUGGUGUCUUCUGGGUACCAGCUCUACAUCAAGUUUGUGUCCGACUACGAGACCCAUGGAGCAGGCUUCUCCAUCCGCUACGAGGUCUUCAAAACAGGUCCGGAAUGUUCCAGGAACUUCACAUCGAACAAUGGGGUAAUAAAGUCACCUGGUUUUCCAGAGAAGUAUCCUAACAACCUGGACUGCACCUUCAUGAUCUUUGCCCCCAAGAUGUCCGAGAUCAUCCUGGAGUUUGAGAGCUUCGAGCUUGAGCCUGACACCACCCCUCCCACCGGGGUCUUCUGUCGAUACGAUAGGCUGGAGAUCUGGGACGGCUUCCCUGGAGUUGGUCCGUACAUUGGGCGGUACUGUGGUCAGAACACCCCAGGUCGUAUCACCUCCUACACGGGCAUCUUGGCACUGACAAUCAACACCGAUAGUGCCAUCGCCAAGGAAGGCUUCUCUGCCAACUUCACGGUGUUGGAGCGGACUGUGCCAGAGGAUUUUGACUGUACAGACCCAUUAGGUAUGGAAUCAGGGGAGAUAGCAUCAGAGCAGAUCGUAGCUUCUUCUCAGUACAACCCCGGCUGGUCCCCGGAGCGAGCCAGACUCAACUACUACGAGAACGCAUGGACACCAGGAGAGGACAACAACAAGGAGUGGAUACAGGUGGACUUGGGUUUCCUUCGGUUUGUGUCGGCCAUCGGAACACAGGGGGCCGUUUCCCAGGAGACCAGGAAAACCUACUGGAUCAAGUCCUACAAGGUGGAUGUCAGCUCUAACGGAGAAGACUGGAUCACACUAAAGGAGGGGUCAAAACAGAAGGUUUUCCAAGGGAACACCAACCCUACUGAUGUUGCCAGGACGAUGCUUCCCAAACCCACUCUCACCCGCUUCGUCCGGGUCCGGCCCGUUGCCUGGGAAAUGGGCAUCGCUCUGCGCUUCGAGGUGUACGGCUGUAAGAUAUCAGAGUACCCAUGUUCGGGCAUGCUGGGCAUGGUAUCAGGUCUGAUCACAGAUGCCCAGAUCACAGCUUCGUCCCACACUGACCGGAGCUGGGUUCCUGAGAACGCCCGCCUGCUGACCAGCCGCUCCGGGUGGACCCUGCUUCCCCAGCCCCAGCCCUUCUCCUCAGAGUGGCUACAGGUGGAUCUGGGGGAGGAGAAGCUGGUGAGAGGACUCAUCAUCCAGGGAGGGAAAUACAGAGAGAACAAGGUUUUCAUGAAGAAGUUCAGACUGGGAUACAGUAACAAUGAAUCUGAUUGGAAGAUGGUCCAGGACACUAAUGGCAACAAGCCAAAGAUUUUCGAGGGGAAUCAGAACUACGAUACACCAGAGCUGAGGACCGUGGAGCCCUUGCUGACACGCUACGUCAGGGUCUACCCAGAGAGGUCCACCCCUGCUGGAAUGGGCCUCCGACUCGAGCUCCUGGGCUGUGAGAUUGAAGCUCCCACUCCCCUCCCCACCACACUGGCAUCCACAACUCCGUCAGAUGAAUGUGAUGAUGACCAGGCCAGCUGCCACAGUGGAACAGGUGAUGACUACGAUGUGACAGGUGGGACCACAGCGCCAGAGGGCAAGACAGAGGUGGACACCAUCCCAGCGUUCCUGUGGUUUGCAUGUGACUUUGGCUGGGCCAACGACCCCUCGUUUUGCGGCUGGACCUCAGUGGACAGCGACUUCAGAUGGCAGAUACAGUCCAGCGGCACGCCCACGCUCAACACCGGACCCAACAUGGACCACACAGGCGGAUCCGGUAACUUCAUCUACACCCUAGCGACGGGCUCCCAGGAAACGGAGGUUGCUAGGCUGGUCAGUCCGGUGGUGACAGUUGGUCAGUCUGACCUGUGCGUGUCGUUCUGGUACCACAUGUUUGGCUCGCACAUUGGCACGUUGCACAUCAAACAGAGGAAGGAGACGGUCGAUGGCAUUGCUGACAUACUACUGUGGACCGUCAGCGGUCACCAGGGCAACCGCUGGAGAGAGGGACGCGUGCUAGUACCACACUCCAGUAAACCCUAUCAGGUGGUGAUUGAAGGGUUUGUGGAGAGGAAGAGUUGGGGUGACAUUGCUGUGGAUGAUAUCAAGAUCCUGGACAAUCUGAACAUGGCUGACUGCAAGGAUCCUGAUGUUCCUACAGAGCCCAUGCUGCCUGAAGACCGAUUUAAUGAAAUGAUUGUGGACAUCACAGACUUCCCUGACAUGAUGGAGAACAAUGAGAUCCUCAACGGUGUCAGUGGCGGUGCAGGCAACAUGCUGCAGACACUGGACCCCAUCCUCAUCACCAUCAUCGCUAUGAGUGCCCUGGGGGUCUUCCUGGGGGCCAUCUGUGGGGUCGUCCUCUACUGUGCCUGCUCACAUGGCCACAUGUCAGACAGGAACUUAUCCGCUCUGGAGAACUACAACUUUGAGCUGGUAGACGGAGUCAAGCUAAAGAAAGACAAACUCAACUCACAGAACUCAUACACAGAGGCGUGAGCGGGAAGUGAGAUGUGUGUGUGUGGGGAGUGUAGCAUUUUGUGCGUGUGCACAAGACUGUAGGCAUAGCCAAGACUCAAUGUGUGGCUGGGGCUAAAGGAACUGCUGGAGGCCUCUCAUUGGAGGAGGCCCAGGUUUAGGAACCAAUGGGAGGUUGUGAUUGAGCCAUUGCUUUUCUCAGGAGCUGCAGUAAUGGGAACCUACCAGUAGGAGACACUGUGUACAAAAUUAAAUACAGGAGGAAAAAAUAUGUACAGAUGAUUAGAUUAUUAUUUAAAUUGUUCAUUUUUACAAUCGGAUGCUGGUGUUGAGACCAAUUUAAUUAUCACAAUGUUUAAAGUAUUUAUCAUAUUCUGGGAGGAAACAUUUUUGUUACUAUAAUUAUUUUAAAUCAAAGUCAUGUUUGUGUUGAAGGAGAAGUAUCAAAACCCAAAAUUAACCAUAACUGACAAUAUUGUUGGUCAUACUGCACCAUGGUGGAGUAGCAGCAGGGUGUGCCCUCUGCCCCCCUGACCUCUGCCCCUGUCUACAUGUGUGGGUCAGAGGUUAAAGGUAAAGGUUGCACCCCUUGGCAGUAGAUGGUUCUGACAGUGCCUUUAAUACAUAUUUGUUGGUUUCCUUGUUGAUUUUGGAGAUUUUACAUCUCUUACGUUCUGACCACGUUGUGACAUCUAAAGCAGGGGCUUUAAAUUAGCUAAUAAUCAAGUCUGCAAAACAGGAUCCAAUCCCUCCAUGGUACUUUUCUCUCUCUGUCCCAGACCCACAUAUAAUUGUAUAUACGUUUUAAUAUAUUUUGAUUAUUUUAAAGAACAAAAAUGGAAAAAAAGCUGCAGUAUCCCUUUUUCCAAUGGGUUGUGUGUUGUAAAUACAAUCAUCUGCCUGUUGUUGUGAAGAGUGAAGUAUUUUGGUUUAAUGGUUUCAUUUCGAUCCGGCUCUGUGUGCUGUGUAAAGAUAGGCCAGUGCACAUUCAAAGAAGACAUGUUCUUGUUCUACAUCUUCUAGAUGCAAUCCGCUUCACGGCACCAUGGGGAGGACGAAGAAGUUACUGUAAACAGAAAAGGAAAAAAUAAAAACAGUUGUAUUCAUGUUACUAACUUCUACACACUAAUUAACAUAAGGCAGCCACACACCCCAUAUCCUUCUGUGGUCACAGGGUCUAUCAUCUCUCAUAUCAACUGCAGCAGUGGAAGAAGAUAUGUAUAAUGUCUGCCAGCAUACCAAAAAAACUAUUGCUUUAGCUUCAUGGGGUUGACCAGUGGCUUGUUAUUUCCAGCUACAUACAUCUGUGGAUUGUCAUACAAAAAAGUGCUAACUUUUACGACCAUGCACUUCGUUAUCCAACAUCUUAAUCCUCACUAGUGAGAUAUACUGAGGGGUGGAGGAUUACAUAUACUGGGGUGUAUCAAUGGUGCUAUCGCGUUCACACUGCAGACUAGAUGCUCAUAAUCAUAACAAUAACACAGUUUGGAUUGGAUUGUCACAUUCUGUACCCUACUACAAAUUAGUCGUGCCGUAAGGUUUAUGUGUAACAGCUAUACGCUGUGAUGUCAGGGCUGAUUUCAUUAGGAAGGGACGCUGGUACAGAGCUAAGUGGUUGAGUGAUGUCAUCAAGCAUGGCGAAUCAGGCCACUUGCCCUGUUGUCAUUACCAAAGGAUGAUUGGAUACCUCUUCUACUGGGGGAGGGGUUUGUUAUCAACACACUACUGCUACUGGACUGCAGCAUUUCAACCACAACCACCCCUUUUCAACAAAUGUUCACAGUAAAUGGACUUGGACUACUGGCAAAGUCAAGAGGGGAAGGUGGGUUGACUGUAGAAACAAUACUGUUCGAUGGUUCGUAUUAUUUCAGCUGAAGUUGCAUCAAUGUGAACUCUGAAAUCUCGAGUCUUGGAUUUCAGACUCACUUUACCAAUCAAUCUAGCUAUCAAUCCUUGUUUGGGCUGGAGAAGUAAGGGGAUCUGUAGUAAGGACUUAGUAAGAGGCUCACAGUAUCAGGUCUGAGGAGGACUUGACCUUUGGAAAUGUCCAGUGGAUUUUCUACAGCACAACCAUCAGAGAGACAUAAUGAUGUUGAACAGGGGGACAUCUGCUACAUCUGUGUGCUAUGUCGUGUGCUGUGGUGAACACAUUCUCAGCUUGGGUUAUGUUAAUUUCAGGUUUGAUUUCCCACUUUGCAAUGCUUACUGUUUUGUGCAUUCAGCUUCGAGGACAGUAGCCUCAGUCUGGUAACUAGAGAAAAUGGAUACUGUAGCGUGGAAACUAAAAAUAAACAAUGUUGCACUGAUAAAUAUAUUCAAUAAGGUUGUCAUUUGUAAACAAAAACAAAAACAGAAAAAACAGUGUUCGUUUUCUUUCUUAUUUUUAUAGUUUCAGAUUAUGUGAUAUAAUUCUGAAAUGUACAAAUUAUUGAGAUGUUUUCAUUAUUGAAAAAGGUACACAAAUUUCCUAUAGUAAUGUAGCCAUUGACCUGAAUUAUUAUUGCUUCGUUUUGUACUGUCAUUAACAUUUUGUGCAACUUCUUUUUACAAAAAAACGUGUAUUUUCAAUACUGCUUCUACUAUAUAAUUAAUUCUGUAAUUUGCUGUUGUAGGAAAAGAUGAAUAAACAGCAAGGCCUUAAAAAACUGAACAGAACAAUUGUUUUGGUAUUGUAGGGUUGUGGUUUAAACUACUGUUAUUGGAGUUGAACAUGCUGGUGGUUUGGGUGUGGGCUACUGUGAUGGUGUGCCGAUAAGAACACAGGAGGAGGAGGUACAUUUCAAAGGGAUUUCACCUGGUUUAUUUGGUAGGAUUGGAAGGGGUGAUUUAUUUAACAAGGUUCUGGAUGGUUGCUCUAUAAACAAGGGAAAAAACAUAUACUGUCGUCAUAAACUAAUAGAAUACAAAUAAAUGUAUACUACGUUAUUUACAGUGCCUUGCAAAAGUAUUCAUCUCCUAGGCUUUUUCCUAUUUUGUUGAAUUACAACCUGUAAAUAAAUAUAUUUUUAUUUGGAGAUCAUGUAAUGGACAUUACACAAAAUAGUUUAAAUUGGUGAAGUGAAAUUUAAAAAAAUAACUUGUUUCAAAAAAUUCUUAAAAAUAAAAAACUGAAAAUUGGUGCAUGCAUAUGUAUCCACCCCCUUUGAUAUGAAGCCCCUAAAUAAUAUCUGGUGCAACCAAUUACCUUCAGAAGUCACAUAAUAAGUUCAAUAAAGUCCACCUUUGUGCAUUCUAAGUGUCGCAUGAUCUGUCACAUGAUCUCAGUAUAUACACACCUGUUCUGAAAGGCCCCAGAGUCUGCAACACCACUAAGCAAGGGGCACCACCAAACAAGCAGCAUCAUGAAGACCAAGGAGCUCUCCAAACAGGUCAGGGACAAAGUUGUGAAGAAGUACAGAUCAGGGUUGGGUUAUAAAAUAAUAUCCGAAACUUUGAACAUCCCACGGAGCACCAUUAAAUCCAUUAUUAAAAAAUUGAAAGAAUAUGGCAUCACAACAAACCUGCCAAGAGAGGGCCGCCCACCAAUACUCACAGACCAGGCAACGAGGGAAUUAAUCAGAGAGGCAACAAAGAGACCAAAAGAUAACCCUGAAUGAGCUGCAAAGCUCCACAGCGGAGAUUGGAGUAUCUGUCCAUAGGACCACUUUAAGCCGUACACUUCACAGAGCUGGGCUUUACGGAAGAAUGGCAAUUAAAAAGCCAAUUGUUUAAAGAAAAAAAUAAGCAAACAUAUGGAAGAAGGUACUCUGGUCAGAUGAGACUAAAAUGUAGCUUUUUUGGCCAUCAAGGAAAGCGCUAUGUCUGGCGCAAACCCAACACCUCUCAUCACCCCGAGAACACCAGUGGUGGCAGCAUCAUGCUGUGGGGAUGUUUUUCCAUCGGCAGGGACUGGGAAACUGUUCAGAAUGGAUGGAAUGAUGGAUGGCGCUAAAUACAGGGAAAUUCUUGAGGGAAACCUGUUUCAGUCUUCCAGAGAUUUGAGACUGGGACGGAGGUUAACCUUCCAGCAGGACAAUGACCCUAAGCAUACAACUCAAGCAACACUCGAGUGGUUUAAGAGGAAACAUUUAUAUUUCUUGGAAUGGCCUAGUCAAAGCCCAGACCUCAAUCCAAGCUGUAGCAGUUUUGCCUUGAAGAAUGGGCAAAAAUCCCAGUGGCUAGAUGUGCCAAGUUUAUGGAGACAUUCCCCAAGAGACUUGCAACUGUAAUUGCUGCAAAAGGUGGCUCUACAAAGUAUUGACUUUGGGUGGGUGAAUAGUUAUGCACGCUCAAGUGUUCUGUUUUUUUUGUCUUAUUUCUUGUUUGUUUCACAAUAAAAACAUAUUUUGCAUCUUCAAAGUGAUUGUGUAAAUCAAAUGAUACAAACCCCCCAAAAAAUCAAUUUGAAUUCCAGGUUGUAAGGCAACAAAAUAGGAAAAAUGCCAAGGGGGUGAAUACUUUCACAAGCCACUGUACACUCCCCUACGUAUGCAUUUGGAUAGUGAGUCUAAAAUAAAAUAGAAUGUGUCUUUAUACUCCAGCAUUUUGGAUUUGAGAUCAAAAUGUUUCAUAUGACAGUACAUAACGUCACCUUUUAUUUGAGUGUUUUGCUCAUGCAUACAAUGCAUUCGGAAUGUAUUAAUUAAUACCCCUUGACUUUUUCCACAUUUUGCUCUGUUACAGGCUGAAUUUAAAAUGUAUUACAUUUAGAUUUGUUUUGUCACUGGCCUACACACAGCACCCAUAAUGUCAAAGUGGAAUUAUAUUUUUGAAAAUGUUUACAAAUUAAUUAAAAAUGAAAAGCUGAAA